AUAUUUAUUUUCAACAUUUUUUUAUUGUCUCCUGCAAACACAAUUGAUUUCUGUAUUUUUUUUCUUAAAUCAAGAAAAAAAAUAAUUUUCCUUCGAUUUUCAAAUUGUCGUCAUUUGCAAUUCCAAUUCGUAUAUGAACACUGCCAGAUUUUUUUUACCCGUUCAUUCAGAUCUGGCAAUUUUGAUUUUUCAAUCUUUUUCAAUUCAAUUUGACCGACUUCGAUUUUGAUCAGAAAAACUUGAACGAUGGCUAUCUUAUCAGAAUCGGCUCAUGUUUCAAAAGAUGAAAUAAACAAUAAUCUUAAUGAUCAACAAAUGGAUCGAUUAUUUAUGGAAAAAUUUGGAUCACGGAUAAAUUCGAACGGUGAAAUUCGAUUGCCUGAUCCGUCUAUGGCUGGCGUGUAUGAGAUACAAGUGUUAAUGCCAUCAAAUGAAUCUAUUUUGUAUACCGUUGAUUUGCGUCAAGGACGUUUAGUUCGCGGACAAUUACCAUCCAAAAACUGUGAUUGCCGUAUACAGGUAUCAGCUAAUGAUUUAUUACGUUUGUUGAAUGGUCAACUAGAUUUCGCUCAAGGGUUUCUUCAAGGUAAAUUACGCCUCGGUUACGGAAAUCAAGCUUCGGCGUUCAAAUUUAUGCAUUUACUAAUCGAUAUUGCCUCCUCAACGUCAACAACAUCGUCGACAACUACCCCAAACAAUCCAAAUUUAAAAUAUCAGGAUGAUGAUAAGGUUUCGAUGAUACCCACGGAUGGUCUCAAAUCGGAUGUUAUAUUCUCAAUAAUUCAAUAUCGUUUGAGCAGCGAACCAGAGUUAGUCAAAAAGAUGCCGUUCAUCAUAGAAAUAAAUCUAACCCGAAAUGGGCAUUUAAUAGCUACAUGGGUAUUAGACACAAAAACGGAAGGAGGUCGAAUUUAUCGUUCUCAUUCAAAAAAUAAUGGUUCAACUAAUUCAGACAACAAGAUCAAACCAGACGCAGUCAUAACAAUUGAUGAUAAUGAUCUCGCUGCUAUAAUGUUAGGUAAUUCAAAUCCACAACGAGUAUUUAUUUCGGGUCGAAUGAAAAUCCGAGGAAACAUAAUGCUACUGCAAAGAUUGAAUCAGUUUUGGGCAAAAAUACAGGCCACUCGACGUGGUUCCGACUUUCGAUUUGUCAAACAAUUGUUAACAGAUAAUCAAUUCGAAUCAGGUCUUGCAAGUGAAAUGGUAUUUUUCAAUUGGAUUUCUCGAUUGGUCAAACCUUCCUCCGAAUUGGUCGACUGUACUAUUCAUGUAAUUAUUACAGCAAAAGGAGAAAAACAAACCGAAUGGGUUAUAUCGUAUGAUUCGAAUAAUCAAUUAUCGAUUAAGCGAAGACGAAUAGUAGGCCCAGAUGACCAUAGUAAUCAUGCUAAUCAAUCUCGAUCAAUAAUGUUGGAAAUGGAUGAUCAGGAUUUUUGUCGUCUGGUUCAAUCUUCGGAUGUAAUCUUGAUACAGGCUAUCGAAGAACAGCGUGUCCGUGUCACCGGUGACCAUCGAUUAUUGUCGGCCGUGUCUAAAUUGUUUGAUCGAAUAGCCGAUAAUGAACAGACCCCUGCAGUUAAUUUGAAGGCCAAACUUUGAAAUCAACUGAAUUGUUUGAUUGUUCAUUGUGGUUUUAUUUUAAAAUUUUUAAAACGUUAAACUUAGUUUCUUAUCAUGUUGCAAUAAAAUGUCUUUGUAAAAUUAUAA